AACACUCUCUUGGGAAACUGCAGAGAUGGCAGCUGUUUGGAUGCUCGUCUGUGUGCUGACUGUUUGUCUGGCCAGAGAUCUGUCUGCCAAUGAGAUCUCCUUAAAGAAAGCCUUUGCACCUCUCCAGUCGAUGGAGUCCAUGUUAGACCGAGAUGCUAGAGAAGUACAACUGGAAACCAAUGACGUGGAAGCUGAGGCGUCUGGUCACCAGAAUCCUGAACAAAAGCCCCAGAGCGUCAACGAGACAACAAAUGUCCAGAACCAGGUCGUAACCAGGGACAACGGCACGACGGGGGGCAUCCAGAACCGGGUCGUCAUUAGGGGAAAUUCCACUGCGGGGCGUGACCUAAAAUGGGUCAUCAUAGGAGGCGACUCCACAACUGAGGACGUCCAGAACCGGGUCGUCAUUAGAGGAAACGCCACGGCGGGGGACGUCCAGAACUUGGUCAUCAUUAAGGACAAAGCCAAGACGGGGGGCGUCCAGAACCUGAUCGUCAUUAGUGAAACCGCCACAGCAGAGGCUGUCCAGAACCGGGUCGUCAUUAGGGGAGUGGCCAAGGAGGGGGACGUCCAGAAAUGGGUCGUCAUUGGGGUAGACUCCACGACUGGGGACGUCCAGAACCGGUUUGUCAUUUGGGGCGAAGCAACGACGGGGGGCGUCCAGCAGAACAACGGCUCGACGGGGGGCGUCCAGCAGAACAACGGCACGACGGGGGGCGUCCAGCAUGAGCACAAAGUACUCCUGGAUACCCAUGAAGUAGACGAGCCGUUGUUGAACGGGACGAUGAGCGAAGAGGAAAAGUUCAACGGGACGACGAGCGAAGAGGAAAAGUUCAACGACACGAUCAAUACAUAUAGAUUAAUCUCGUAUUUUUUGAGUGCCUUGAAGAGCUCGAUAUCUGAGAUGUUAUCUUAGCAGCAAUAUAAUAAAGCGUGUAUACAUUUCUUGAAUAA